CGGGAGGAGAGGGAGAGGGAGAGGGAGAGGGAGGGACAUCUCUCAUAAAAUAGAAAGCAGCAUAAUCUAAUGGAGGAAGCAACAGAUUCUUCACAACUCACCUCUCAUUAUAUCGGUUUUUGUAAGGAAAUCAGCUCUCACUUCAAAACCCUUCUUUUUUUCUCUUUCUCUGAGUUGUGGAGAGGAAUUAGAUCAGCAUGAAGUCUUUAAGCACUCUUUUCCAGCAAAAACAUCAGUAUGGCAAAAGGCAGAGAUGCCCCAACAUUGGGAGAUUGGUACCUUUCAUGUUGCCUUUGGUGUUCAUAGCCACCAUUUUCAGCACGAUCUUCCUCCUCUAUUCUCCAAACCCUUUGGCUAUCAUAUCCAAAGAAGGCCUUGAUUCUUUCUUUAGACAUGAACAACCCCAGGGCCUUGAUUCUGUCCCAGAACAACUCACUAAAGAACAACCCCAGGCCGGCCUUGAUUCUGUCCCAGAACAACUCAUGCAAGGCCAUGAUUCUGUCGAAAAACAAUUCCAAGAACAUGAUCAACACCCCGAUCAGAAGAGUAAAUUCUUGAAUAGCCCUUUUUUCCAAGAACAUGAUCAACACCCCGAUCAGAAGAGUAAAUUCUUGAAUAGCCCUUUUUUCCAAGAACAUGAUCAACACCCCGAUCAGAAGAGUAAAUUCUUGAAUAGCCCUUUUUUCCAAGAACAUGAUCAACACCCCGAUCAGAAGAGUAAAUUCUUGAAUAGCCCUUUUUUCCAAGAACAUGAUCAACACCCCGAUCAGAAGAGUAAAUUCUUGAAUAGCCCUUUUUUCCAAGAACAUGAUCAACACCCCGAUCAGAAAAAGAAAGAUAUCAAGUGUGACUUGUUUAAGGGUCACUGGGUACGAGAAUCAAGAGAGCAUUUGUAUACCAAUUCAAGCUGUGCAACAAUUCCCGAGUCAAAGAACUGUUUUAAGCAUGGGAGGAAAGACAGGCAUUUUCUCAAUUGGAGAUGGAAACCUGACGAAUGCGAGCUCCCAAGGAUGGAUGCCAAGACCUUUCUGCAAAUGGUGCAACAAAAGAAAAUGGCAUUCAUCGGUGACUCUGUUGCCCGGAAUCAUUUCGAAUCCCUUCUAUGCCUCUUGUCACAGGAGGAAAUCCCAAAAGAUGUUUACAAGGAUUCAGAAGACAGGUUCCGGACAUGGUACUUUCCACGCCAUGACUUCACCCUCAUGGUCCUUUGGAGCAAAUUCCUUGUAGCCGGCGAGGAAAGGAUGAUAAAUGGUACAGGAUCCGGCGCUUUCGACGUGCAGAUGGACAAGGUUGACAUCAACUGGGCCAAGUACCUUCCAGAUAUAGACUACGCCAUCAUCUCGGCUGGGCACUGGUUCUUCCGAUUAUUGUAUCUCCACGAAGGGGAGAACAUUACAGGAUGCGUUUAUUGCAAUGAACCAAAUGUAACUGGCCAAAAUGUAGACUUUGCUUUGAGAAUGGCCAUUCGAGCUGCGUUUAACUACAUAAAUGAAUGCAAGAACUGCAGCGCUCACCUGGUGACAUUGUUGAGGACAUUUGCACCAGCUCACUUUGCUAAUGGGUUCUGGAACACGGGAGGAAACUGCAACAGGACAGCUCCUUUCGGCGAAAAGGAGAUAGACUUGGGGAGUAGUUUUGAUUGGCAAGUGAGAAACGUUCAGGUAGAAGAGUACGAAAGAGCAAAAAAAGUGGGGGAAAAGCAAGGGAAGAGGUUUGGAGUUGUGGAUGUUACAAGGGCAAUGCUGAUGAGACCGGAUGGACACCCAGGAGAACACUGGAACAAAUGGAAAGAAGGCUACAACGACUGUGUUCAUUGGUGCAUCCCGGGCCCCGUUGACACCUGGAGUGAACUUUUUAUGGCAGUUUUGAGAAAGGAGGCAGGGUUGACUUGAUUUCUUGAUGAAGGGUUGGAGCGUAAUUUAUAUAUUAUACAUCAUAGCAUACAAAUACAUACAUAUAUAUAUAUAUAUUUUUUGUCAUAAUAAUGUUCCCGUUUUUGUUUGUACCGGGCAUUUGAAUCUAAUAAACUAGUUGGCAACACCGUGGCAGAG